AUGUCUCAAUCUGCAGUAGCGAUGCCGCUCGGCCCCGAGGACGAUCUUAAAAGUUACUCAUGUAUGAUUUGUCGGCAGCGAAAGGUCAAAUGCGACCGGCGCAACCCCUGCUCUAAUUGCGUCAAGGCAGAGAAGCAAUGCAGCUUUGUCGCCCCAGUGCGAGGGAAGAGAAAGAGAACGAAAUUACCCAAAGAAAGUCUUCAUGCUAAAUUGAAACGUUUUGAGGAGUUAUUGAAAUCGUAUGGCGCGAAGAUUGAGCCGUCCGAUGAUCUCGAUGACUCUGACUCCGAGUCGAUAUCUCACCCAGAUGAUGAGAUCGCCAGGUCUCGAAGCCCAAGCCAUAGCGAUCCUUUCUUCAAGUUAGAAGAGAGUGAGCCGAAGCUUAUAACAAAAGAGGGAACAUCGAGAUAUUUUGAUAUUACACCCUGGGCUACUAUAGGAGAAGAAUUUCAACAUCCAGAGGUUGGUGAGCCAACAGAUGAGGGAAACUUUCACGAAAGCGGAAUUUUCUUCGAGUCGGAACCAAGUUAUGCCUUCGAAAAUGUCGCAAGUCUACAUCCUUCUUUGUCGGUAUUGGAAAAAAUGAAGGAAGUGUUUAUUGAUCGAAUUGAUCCUCUAACGAAGAUACUCCAUGUCCCUACGUUCUGGACCGCGCUAAUAGAUAUGCUACGGAACCCUCAUAACCGCUCUAGAAGUUUGGAAGCAUUAGCACUAUCCUUCUAUUUUGUAGUUGCUACAUCUUUAACGGAUGAGGAGUGCCGAAAUUUGUUCGGAAUAGAGAAAUCGAUACUCAAUUCCCGUUACAGAAUUGCAACUCGCCAGGCUUUAGUACGUGCUGGAUUUUUAUCUACUUCCAGUCCAAUGACACUCCAGGCGUAUGCAAUUUUCAUGAUGUGUGUAAGAAAGAGUUACAGGCAUGAUACUCUAUUUGUACUAUCAGGAGUUGCGAUUCGACUGGCUCGGAAAAUGGGAUUACACCGUGAUGGUUCACUUCUAGGGCUAUCUCCAUUCGAAACUGAAAUGCGGAGGCGACUUUGGUGGCACCUCGUCCAUGUGGACUUUCGCUUAGCUGACAUCCUCGGCACGAGGCCUUCGUUAGACCUUGUUUCUAAGGAUACUAAGAUACCGUUGAAUGUCAACGACGAAGAUCUCGACCCAGAUAUGGUCAAAUUACCCCUGGAGCGUAAAGGAAUCACUUCUAUCACAUUUUGUUUAAUCAGAUGCGAGAUAUUAGAAGCUUUAGAAAGGUUCGCACCGAUAUCUACUAAUGGGGUACACUGGGAAGCACUCCGCGGAUCAGACAUCCCUCUCGCCGAAAAGAAUCGUAUCAUAGAUCAGAUCGAAGAUCAUCUCGAAACCAAGUAUCUACGGUAUUGCGACCCAUUGAAUUCACUUCAUACUUUCAUAGCGAUCAUGGUUAGGUCAUCAAUCGGGAAGAUGAGAGUCUUUGGUCAUAGCCCCCGGUCGUCCGCCAACAGGCCGAUCAAAAUGCCACAGAGCGAGCGCAACAUAGUAUUCGCGAACUGUAUGAAACUUUUGGAAUAUUUAACCAUACUACACGGCGGUCUGAAUAAUAUGGAAAAGUACAUGUGGCAAAUCGGCACCAGCUACCUUUGGGGUACAAUGCUCUACGUGCUCAUCGAGACCCGGAACCGCAAAAAGGGGCCUGAGGUUGACAGGACGUGGCAGUUGAUUGGAGAAGUCUACUCACACUACCCCCAGAUAUUUGAGGAAUCAGCAGGACCCGUGUUCACGGCGAUAGGAAAAUGGACGCUGCAAGUUUGGAAUGAGUGUGCUGCGGCUUUAAAAGCCGAAGGGCACCCAGAACCGCCAAUGCCCCAGUAUAUUGAGAGGAUCCGUCGCUGCCGUGAAAUGUCGUCGGAGCUACGAUUCAAACCCAAAGGUCCAGUAGUGGAUUGUGGGCCUGUUACCCCAGAUUCAUUCGACUAUACUAGGAUGCAAUCACAAGUGUGUGAAGUUCCCUUCACUGAUUUGGAAGCUUUUGGACCUUGUGAUUUCUCAGAUCUUCUAUCUCUCCAGAUGGACUCGAACAACUGGAUACAAUGGGACCAGAUAAUUGCAGAACAGAGCGGCUUCCCUUAA